GUGCCGGGAGAAAUGUUUUCAAAGAGAACGUGUAUCUUCACAAGGCGCUUACAUACCACUUGAAGGAAGCUGAAGUGCGACAGAAAAACUCCAAGAAGUUACAAGAAAGUCAUUCCUGCCUUUUACACCAAAAGGAAAUCAAUGAGCUAUUGGUUAAGGAAAAGAUUAUGCAACUUACCCAGCAGAAAUCACAAAUCCAAACUCUUCAGAAGAAGGUGGUAAGCUUGGAGAAUGCUCUGACCUAUAUGACCACAGAGUUUGAGGCUGAAGUUUUGAAACUGCAGCAAAAGGCAAUUAUAGAGAACCAAGCAGGUCAGGUAGAAAUUGACAAGCUGCAGCAGCUUCUUGAGAUGAAGGACAGGGAAAUGAAUCGAGUGAAGAAGCUCGCUAAGAACAUCCUGGACGAGAGGACAGAAGUGGAACAGUUCUUUCUCGAUGCUCUAUACCAAGUGAAGGAGCAGAUUCUCAUCAACAGGAAGCAAUACAAGCAGAUAGCACAAGCUGCUUUCAAUUUAAAAAUGAGAUCAGCAUGUGAGGGAAGAACGGAGUAUCCCAAAAUCAGGACCUUUGAUGGCAAAGAGCACAGCACCAAUAGUGUGAACCAGGAUCUCAUGGAGGCUGAAAAAUGGCCAAGUACUCAAAACAAUGUGGAUAUUAGAGAUUUGACCUGGGAGCAAAAGGAGAAAGUCUUAAGAUUGCUCUUUGCAAAAAUGAAUGGUUUUGCUGCGAGGAAAUACAAGCAGAGCUCUAAGCCUCCUGUUCCAGACCAUAUUAUUCCACACAGUGAAGAAAUGAAAGAAACUGGGGAUGAAAUUAACCUUCCAGAUCAAACCUUCAUCACCCAGCAAGCUCCAGUAUCAGACUCCAAUAAAACGAUGUCACCUGGUGUUAUUUCUAAAGGAUUACAGGACUUUGACAGAGUAAGGAAUCUGCUAUCUAAUCAGACCAUUGUUACCUUUCACUAUAAGAUGUCUGGCUAGUUCACAGUUCUCUACUACCCAAGCAGCUCUUAAGGAAGAGACCAUAGAAACUUUUAUAACAAUGUCCAUACUAAUAAGGCAUAUUAUAUGUACCUGAAGAACCUAUAGAUUUCUUUCUGAAAUAGGCGGCUUAGUCAAAAUGUGUAUUGCAUUACUGUUUUCAGUGCUGGUGAAUGAAGCUUUGUGCCUCCCUGUGGAGCUAACCCUCAGCCCUCCUGUCUUUAUAGGAGCACAGACAGAAUAUCCUUGCAGUUCUUGGCUUUGGGCAUAUACCAGACACAGAAAUCACUGUAAUCUGGAGAACAAAGGAAGAAAAAGACCAUUUUUUCCCAAGGGCUUUUUUUUUUCUUAAGGACUUUUUAUUUGUACUUGGUUAUUCAUAAUCAGUACAUAAUCUGACAAAACUCAAAUGAGAUCAUAAAAGAAUAAAAAGGAAAAUGCUGGUUCUCUGUUUUAGUGAUACUAACCUGAAUAGAACUGUAGAUUUCAUCUAAGAAACAAACUCUUUGAGCAUAAGUAGCUGCCCAAAUCAGUUGAUUCUAAUUAAAGUAACACAAUUUUGAUUAGUCGGCAGUUUUUAAAAGCACUGUCCUUUAUAUAUAAUGAAAAUAAUUAGAUUUUUUUGUAAUUAAAUUCUGUUUGGAAUUUAGAUAAUAACCACUUUUCAACCCAGCCCAAAGUUGUUGGAUUGAAUUAGGUAUGAACUAUGUUUUAUAAGAAAACACAGGGUGUUAUAAUCACAAACUACAAGUUUCUACUUGACUUUAGGAUGGAAAACAAAAAAUCUGAGUUGUAUUUUGUUAAAAUGAUUGAAGGUUCUGAAUUCUACCAGAUGAGGAUACCCUAAUAAUCUUAUGCCCACAGAGUAGGAAUUUUCAAGGUUUUUCACCACCUUUAUUUUAACUCACCAAAUAACCCGGUGGACCAGAGCAGCACUGUCCACGUGACUGUACAGAACAGAGGAAAAUAAAUGAUCGGUACCACAGCUCACUCAGCACUGAGGAUUAAGCUAGCAGAGCAAGCAGCCGUCUAGUUCAGAAAGCUGGGCUUCAGACAGGUCAGACAGCCAGAAACUACUCUAUUCAGCACAGAAGCCUCUUCUGACUUAAGGUUUAGAUUAUCAGAGAGGCAAGUUGAAAGACAGUUGAAGAAGUGAUGGCCAAGUACUGUCAAAGCAGGGAAACUUGUAAGUUUCUUGUAGCCCAAUCGAUUAUUCUAUCUGAAAAGAUCUUUCAUUAAAAAGUAUCAACUAAUGAGAAAUGCUGGCAAAAGAAAGAAUAACACAAAAUUUGGCAAAUAAAAAAUAGGUUAGGCACAGAGAAACCCUGUCUCGAAAAAACCAAAAAAAAAAAAAAAUAGGUUAGGCUUUUUUAAGGCAAAGAA